AUGAGUGACCUUGACCGGGCGAUCGAGCAGCUGCGGGCCUGCCGCCUGAUCCCCGAAAGCCAAGUCCGCGAACUGUGUUACAAAGCGCGCGAGCUACUGAUUGAAGAAGGCAAUGUCGUGUCGGUGGACGCACCGGUCACCAUCUGCGGUGAUAUUCACGGCCAAUUUCACGACUUGAUGGAACUGUUCCGCGUCGGCGGUGACGUCCCAGAUACAAACUACCUUUUCAUGGGCGACUUCGUCGACCGUGGCUUCUACUCACUCGAAUCCUUCCUCCUCCUUCUCUGCCUGAAGGUCCGAUACCCCGAUCGCAUUACCCUCAUCCGCGGCAACCACGAAUCCCGCCAAAUCACCACAGUAUAUGGCUUCUACGACGAAUGUAUUCGCAAAUACGGCAGCGCCAACGUAUGGCGCUACUGUUGCGAAGUAUUUGACUACCUAGCACUGGGAGCGAUCGUUCUCGGCGCGAGCUCAGAGCUAGAACCGACCUCACCCGCUUUAAAUGACACAGCACAAUCAAGCCUAGCUCUUGCAGACAGCGAGCUUGAAACAGAAGUUCUCGAUUCUCGAGGCCAUGUCACAAUGAGCACUUACCGCCCACGGCAGCGCUCCUCCUCAGAUGCCUCCACAGACUCCCGCAACAUCUCCCCUCCACGAGAUAUCUCUGCCACUCCGGGCCAAGUUGCUGCGCCAACUCGAUCGGGCGCACCAGGGACAGGCGCAAGCAGUGAUGGCAACGGCAGCGCCGUGACUAGCCGGACAGGAGCGGUGCUCUGCGUUCACGGUGGACUUUCACCGCUCAUUGACUCGGUGGACAAGAUCCGGCUCAUUGACCGCAAACAAGAGGUGCCGCAUGAAGGUGCCAUGUGUGAUCUGCUCUGGUCAGACCCCGACGAGAUCGAAGGCUGGGGAUUGAGCCCUCGCGGGGCCGGUUUCCUCUUUGGUGGUGAUAUUGUAAAGCAGUUCAACCAUCUCAAUGGUCUGUCACUUGUCGCGCGUGCCCACCAGCUUGUCAUGGAGGGCUAUAAAGAGAUGUUCGAUGGCGGUAUUGUGACAGUUUGGUCUGCGCCGAAUUACUGUUACCGCUGCGGUAACGUUGCCGCUAUACUUGAGCUUGGAGAAGACGCCAGCGGCGGUGGUACUGUUGCUCGCAGUAAUGGUGAGUAUGGACGCAGCAAUGGACUUUCUGGAAGCAACAGAGUUGUUAGUCCGGGAAGAAGAUAUCGUGUCUUUGAGGCCGCGGCGCAGGAUACGAGGGGUAUGCCUGCGAAGAAGCCCGUCGCUGAUUAUUUCUUGGUGAGUUCUUCAUCGAUCAACCAUGUUCUCAUGUUCCUCUUUGCUAACCAUGAUCGAUCUCUAGUGAUACCAUCCAUCCAACGCCACUUUUUUCUUUUCAUAUGGCUGUCUUGGAAGUAG